UUCGUGCCGAAACAGGAAGUAAACAAAGCAGACGAGCUGCAAGGAGGGAAGGAGAAGGAGUAACCGAGAAUUGCGUCGGAGGAGCACCGAUCGCUUUAUCAUGAUGACGACGAAGCGGCUGGAGAGCUUCGAGGUGGACUGUGAGUGGGACUCUUGCAGCUUCAGGGGCCACAGCAUGGAGGAGCUGAGCGACCACAUGUCCCUGCACCUGAGGGACUAUCUGGGAGACAAGGACGCCCUGGAGGAGCUGGAUGAGUUUGCUUGUCUGUGGAGCGGAUGCGAGUUCCUUUCCAUGGGCAGCCCCACAGAGCUGGAGGUUCAUGCCUACUUCCACAACUACCACGGAAAACUCAAGUUCAUUGGCUCACAGCUGCUGAAGUCCCGCCCCGAUCUCCCCGGCUGCAACCAGGGCGCGCACAGCCACAACCUGGUGCCAGAGGGCUCCGAGGGAUACGCGUGCCAGUGGGAGCAUUGCGACAGCACUUUUAACAAUCCCGAGUGGUUCUACCGCCACGUGGACAACCACGUAGAAAGUGCCGAGCAGCAGUCUCUUUCCCAACAGCAGGCGCUCUUCUGCAGCUGGGCAGGGUGCGACGCCUUCUUCAAGAUAAGGUACCGCCUGAGGGAGCACAUGCGGAGCCACACUCAGGAGCGACUGGUGGCCUGUCCCACCUGCGGCAGCAUGUUCUCCAGCAACACCAAGCUGUUCGACCACCUCCAGAGGCAGGCGGAGCCCAUAGAAUCCCUUGUAUGUGAACAUUGUGGCAAAGCUUUUCCCAGCGAGAGGCUCCUGAGGGAUCACAUUCGCCAGCACGUGAAUCAGGUCAAGUGUCCCUUUUGCGAUAUGACCUGCACCACGUUAGCAGCUCUGAAGAUCCACAUCCGCUUCCGCCACUGUGACGAGCGACCGUUUCCCUGCGACUUCUGCGACAAAAGGUUUAAAAACCAACGCGAUCUCCAGAAGCACACAGACGUUCACAAUGAAGGUACCGUGUAUCACUGCACAGUUGAGGGCUGCGAUUAUUCCUGCUACACGCUGCAAACCGUGAACCACCACUUCAAGAGAGUUCAUGAGGCUGGAGGGAUGUCGAAAUAUAAGUGUCACAUCUGUGAUAAGGUCUUCUCCUGGUGUUACACGCUCACGCUUCACCUCCGAAAGAAACACGAGCUGAAGUGGCCCUCUGGGCAUUCACGCUUCAGAUACAGGAAGGACGUCGACGGCUUCCUAAAAGUAAACAUGGUGCGCUUUGAGACUGUCGAGGUGACGAAGGAGAUAAUGAAGAACAUGGCUGAAAAGCCGCGGAACCUUCGGCAAAGUCAGAGAGCCAACAGCUCCAAGAAGAAAGCCGCCGUCGCCCCGGAGAGCGGCCGCAGCUCCCCCGCCGGAUCCUCCUCGCCCUCUUCCAGCUCCUCUUCCUCGUGCUCCUCGGACCUCUCCGGAGGGGAGGACGCGUCGUCCCAGCACAGCCCCAGAGCAGCAGACUCCCCGGUCUACUGCAUGAUGACGACCAUUCCUCACAUCGACGACGAGCCCGGAGGAACAUCGCAGGACGACGGCGGCGGUACUUCCGGUGCCGUCCAGGCUCUGACGGAAGUGGCGAGGGGUCUCGGGAUGGACGUGGUUUAAUCGCUCGGAAAUGUCCAGCUGAGACUGUUAUGUAGCGGCGCUUUUUUGUUUGUUUCGUUUUGUUUUAGCCUCGGAGCCGACAGCAGAAAGCUGACAGUUUUAUUUUUAGUGGAAGCUUUCUGCCCCGUGCGCUUUUUCCCGAAAGUGACCCAUUCCAUUUUAAAACUACUUUUAUUGUC